AUGGCUAAAACCUGUAUCUCAAACUGCAUCAAUGACACCAGGGUCCCUCUCCCAGUCAGGCCAACCUACGUGAACCUCUAUAAGUGGCCGGAAUCUGAUGCUGAGUUUGUAAGGUCACUGAGCUCUGACUGGCGCAGUAAUGGAGGUCGUGCACACCCCACGGUUGUUGAUAGCAUUUCAUGCAGGCAAAUAUACCUGAGGAGCUACACGUUUCAUAGGAACAACCAAACCGAGACUGAAAACACAAAAUGUUUUGGCAGAUCAUCAGUUAAUAAGAAGGAAAAGGCCGGAAAGAUCAGUCCUAGAAGAAAAAACAAGUCCGAAACUGUGGCCACAAAGAAGUGUACGGCUCUCAGAAGGGCCAAAGAGGUCUCUUGUGCCGCCCUUUUGGCGAUGUUUCGGAGGCUGUUGGCCUGCACAUCCAAGGUUGAUGUGGCUGAUCAUCAUGGAGAUUGA